UUGGCUCACCUAUACCCACACGCAGACACGGUGUCAUAGAAAGUGCCGCCUCAUUCUGAAACUCAGCACUGAAGCUCCAGAGACAGCACUAACACACUGCAUCUGAGGUGCUCCCUUGCACUUUCUCCGUGACUGAUUUGACUAAACAUAUGAUACUUUAUAUCCUAUUAUACUGAGUUUGCUGCAGCCCUCAAGAAAAGCCAAGAGACUUCCAGUGUAACAUCUACAGUCUGAAAAAUGAGCUGUACUAGAGUUCUUUAUGCCUUCAGUCAUCCCCAACAAGUUAUGAAGCCAGUUGAAAUGGCGAUGUGUCUGAGCGUCAGCCAGCAGCAGCCGCUUUAUGAACUGCUUUCCACGUCGUAUCUGAAACCUACAAAGCGUCUUUGCAAGCAGACUGACUAUCCAGUGAAGACCGGCCAUCCCUUUCCACAUCCCUCCCUGUUUUCCACCUCAUCUUUACCGUCACCUUCGCUGUCCUCCUCUCAGUUAACAUCAGAAAACUUUCGGAGCUGUUUACGCAAGCACAUCAGCAGAGUGAGCAAGAAGCAUGUUGUGUUUGCAGACGCCAAAGGACUGGCACUUACUGCUGUGCGUAUAUUUAUUCCUGAGCCCUCAUCUCCCACUUCUACCCUGGUGAUAAGACCCUCUCCAGCCAAACUGGAAGGCCAGCAGUCAGUCUCAGACAAACUGAAUCACUACAAGCUGCGAUUGGGAUUCCCUCAGCCGACCCAGGACCCUAAAGCCUUUCUUGCACGUUUGCAAGACAUGAAAGUACAGCUGGAAAGCUGCAACAUUUCUGAGCGCUCCUUAAGUGGUAAAGUGUAUGCUGCCCAUGUCGGUGCUGAAAAAGGUGCUGUGUGCAUAAGAGUGACCUUUGACUCGUGGCGGAGCCAUCAUGACAUUCCUUGCACGUUCCUGCGCCAGCAUCGCUGCGGGGGCUCUGAUGUGGAUGUUUUCACCUUUGACUUAAGCUUAACUCACAACAUGGAUCCAAGGGAGAGAAUUGAGUUUUGUGUGUCAUUCAGACCGGGGCCUGGUGCUACACCACACUGGGAUAACAACGGAGGACAAAAUUACAGAGUGUGCAUGGAAAAGGAAAGAUCACAUGCCAACCAAGGGAACACUAACCGUUGUUACCCCACAUUUCCAAAGCACAGGUCACUAUCGUGGCCGUUAUACGAGUCCACUGGUAUGAAGAACUGUGCUGAUCCAAAGUAUGUUCAGAGGAAUUCAUCAAGCAGAGUCGGGGCAGAGUGGAAAACUCCAUGUCCAAAAUGAAACUAUCUUAAUGGACUUAAGAAAUAUAAUUUUAACUUAUAUUUAUGACACAGUGUUUUUAGGGAGGGGUGAGCUCAACUGCACUCUUGAAAUGUGAAUAAAUUGUCUGCCUUAAUAUUCUCAUUAAAACA